AACUACCGGCUUCAGUUUCUCUCGUUAAUACACGUUUAAUUCCAUCAUUUAUCUAAUAAUUAAACACAGAUAGAAGAAUUAAGUGAAGGAUUUGCUGGAAAAGUGGAAUGGAGUUUAUUAUGAGGCUGUUUUCGAUGUGUAUGCUCCCACUGAUCAGUGCAGUACACGAAGAGAUCGAGCCGCUAAUAUACGAUGAGCAGCUCCUGUGGGUGAGUGGGGGAGCGGGCCAGGUCAACACGUACCGGAUCCCUCUGCUCACGUUCACGUCACGGGGCAGCCUGCUGGCUUUUGCCGAGGCCAGAAAAGACUCUUCCGCUGAUAUCGGGGCGAAGUUCCUCGCAAUGAGGCGCUCCACAGAUAGAGGAGAGACGUGGUCUCCUACGGCCUUCGUAGUAGAUGACGGGCGCCUGACCGAUGGUUUGAACCUCGGCUCGGUCGUAGUGGACGAGCAAACGGGGUCAGUAAUCCUGAUCUACUCUCUGUGCUUCCACCACCACCGCUGCAGCCCCUCCAGCACCAUGUUGGUGGAGAGUCUGGACGACGGGCUGACCUGGAGCACUCCACGCAACCUCUCCGUCCAGCUGGGAGUGAAAAGCUUCGCCCCUGGGCCUGGAUUCGGUAUUCAGAAGCGGUACGAACCCGCGGCGGGUCGCCUGGUGGUCUGUGGGCACGGCACUAUCGAGGGCGACGGGGUCUUCUGUAUCCUGAGCGACGAUCACGGGCGCACGUGGAGGUACGGUGCUGCGCUGAAGAGCAUUCCUUAUAACCAACCCAAACUGGCCCUGGACUUCAACCCGGAUGAGUGCCAGCCGGUGGAGAUGCAGGACGGCAGCAUCGUGAUCAACGUGAGGAACCAGAACAACUACCACUGCCACUGCAGGCUGGUGGUGCGCAGUCUGGACGCGGGCGAGACGCUGCCGAUAGAGGAGGUGAGGUUCGACCACACGCUGGUGGAUCCCGCCGUGGCGGCCGGAGCGCUGCAGAAAGGAAGUGUGAUGUAUUUCAGCAACCCGGCCAACUCUCAGAACAGAAUCAACAUGACCCUGCGCUGGUCUUUCACUGACGGCAAGUCGUGGGAAAAAGAAGCGGUGCAGAUCUGGGCCGGCCCGAGCGGCUACUCAUCCAUGACCUCUCUGGUCGGGGACUCGGUGGAAGAUAAGAAGUACAUCUAUGUGAUCUAUGAGAAAGGACAUAAAGACUACAUGGAGUCCAUCUCUGUUGCCAAGAUUCACCUGUACGGCGGCAGGUAGAAGGAAGCGCGGCGGCUCGGCGCGGGGGAGGAUAAGGGAAUCUGAAGCAGAAUGAUGCUCAUUUAUUACACAUCUCGAAUCCUGAGGCGGGGGGGAAGCUGUGAUUUAACACGUUCGGUGCUUUUCACACAGGCGACCAGUACAGAAUCAAAGUGAAGUAAAAAACGAUCCAGGUGAAGAACAGACUCAUUCUCCAGAGGUGCAAAUACUGCUCACGGUCUUCCAUUCGUACAGACCAUUUCACAUCACCGAUCAUCUGAUGGGGUUUUGAUUUAUAAUCAGUGAUCAUUUAUGUUCCAUGU